CCUGUAAAUCGACUCCACACGAGUGGGUCAAUUGCGGAAAACCCCAUUUUUGGCUUAGCGGGAAAGGAAAAAGAAGAGGAAGAGAAAGAAGAAGAAACUUGUCAAGCAAGCAAGAAAGAAAGAUGGGGAAAACCUCGGCAACCAAGCAAGCCAUGGUGGUGUUCGGAGCCUUAGCGUUUGGUUGGAUGGCGAUUGAGUUGGCUUUCAAGCCUCUUCUCGAUAAGGCCCGAUCCGCCUUGGACAAGUCCGACCCGGAUCGCGACCCUGACGAUGUCGUUGAUGACUCUGCUGCUGCUGGGAAGUCUUCAACUGCCGAUGAGAAGACCGGUGACGAUUGAGGUAGAAUCGGAAGGCUUUCGUUACUUAGUAGUGGUGGUGGUGGAAAUUUUGGAUUAUAAUAGAACUUUGUUAUUGAACUUUUUUUUUUUCGGCUUCUAAUGAACUUUUGCUGUGAAACAUUGUGCUAAUUUGACAUGCAGACUAUGUGUUUGACGGAUUGUUUGAAAGGAUGGAUUUGAUUUAAAUUUGGUUUUAUUUUGUAGA